AUGUAUGCCCCACUUUUCCGAGAUCAAGCUGGACACCUCAGAAUGCAGACUCCAUUCUCCUUGCUAAAUGCUUCUUCUGGUACAGAGCAUUUAAAUCUAGUAGGUGUUUCUGGGCAAAUUAAAUUAGGAGAUUCAUUGUGGAAGAUGUUUGCUCCUCGUACUCCCCUGGUGAUUGACAUAGGGAGCAACAGCCCUGUUGGCUGUGCUUAUUAGUACCACUUUUUGGUGUAAUGAAGGAACUUUCAGAGCCUUGGAGGUGGCUUAGUUCUCAGGGAAUUUGAAACUCCGUUCAAACCUCAGAGUCCAGGUAGAAUUGAAAUGGGCUCUCCAACUUUGGAGUAUCCUGGUAUCCAUUGUAAUUACUUGCCAAUUUGGGUCUUCUAGUGGAAAACCUUUAAGGAGAUUCUGGAGAGAUAUCAACCAUUUAAGAUGGGCUUUGAUAUGAUGGGUAAUCCUUAUUAGUUGGUUCCAAUUGUUCUAGUGUUUCUUGAACUGGCUAAAGGAAAUUAAUUUUGAUAGGCCUCAUUCCACUGAGCCCAUCUCACCAGACCUAUCAUGGAAGUGAGAAAUCCCAUAAUUUCUUGCUGUCACUAAUUUUGUUUCUCAUGAUGGUGUCUCUGUUGCUUCUCCUAGAUAUAUGAUCUUGUGAGAUAAAACGAAAAGUUAUUUGACCCUGUUUAUUGCCCAUCCAUGAUGAUGUAGACAUUGAAGCGCAAUCUCUGUAUGCUGAAUCGCCAGUUUAAGGGAUGAUGCCACUAUGAAAAUGUUGUCCAAAUUAUGAUUCAUUUUUUAAUCUUUGCUCUCUUAGGAAGGCAAUCACUCUGACCGGCACCUUCAAAAAUGACCUAGGGAACAAGCUUAGACUGAAGGGGAGACCUUUGAAUUGAAAAUGUUUCCCACAAUGUAGAACCUCAGGAAUUUGAAAUCUUGGGGAUAGAUUGGAAUCUGAUAAUGCGCAUACCUGAGCUCUGUCAAGGUGAUCCAAUCUUAAUGUUUUAUUGAUGGAAGAUAUUUAUUAAAUUUUGAAUGAUAAAUUUUUAAAUUCUAGAUUUGAGGGGCGGAGCCUGACCAGCAUGGAAAGCAGACAUGCUUCUGCAGAGCUCCUCAGACAAUAGGGCAAUCUAUGUCAAGUUUGGCCCUACCUAACUCGAAAAUAGCAGCCCAAAUUGACUUACCUGACCCACGAAGGGGCACAACACUGACAUGGAGGUCUGCGACCAACGUGAGGCCGGCUGGCCGACAGAUGUGCGCCAUGAGUCCUGGUGCUCGUAGAGCGGGAGAGACGGCCAAUCUCCCGUUCCGGCACCACGAGACGCCAACAGUGCAAGCAGGAGCCCCGCUACCCCGACCGUCGGGGAUCGCGGUCCACCUCUGAGAGACAAACCCGGAACAGGGAGAGCACAGGGCGAAGCCACCUCGACUUACAUACUGCUCAGCAUGACACCCAACAUGGUGGCUGCCACGUGCCUCCCUGGCCACAAGGAUUCAGACCAAAGCAUCACACAGAAGCUGGACGCAAUACUAGCCAAAUUCUGGAGCAAGUUAGAGGGCAGAACAAAGCUAUCUACCUAGCAACAGCCACACAGCCAAGCAACAGAGAGGCUGCCUCCAACUCAGAGGAAGGCUCUGCAGGCCUCACCGGCUGGAUCGACCACUCCACGACGGCGGAUCAAGCUGCAAGAGAGGCAGAAACACCGCAGGAGACACCAACGAGGACACACAGUACAAAGAAGAUGCAGGACCCGAAGUGCUUACCUGCCCCGCAUGGCGAACAGCAGCCAAAAGCAUCCCACUCCGUUCCAGAUCACAGCUGCGGACGACCGGAAAAACGGCAACGGGGGGAAAAUGGCGGCCCCACACAGAGAGAGUGA